CCGUUGCUAUUACAGUUGCUGGGAGGAGCUGAGAGGUGGAGUUGCUGGGGCAAAGAUCAUGCCGGAAAGCCGAAGGUUUCCUGGGCAGCAGAGGCCGGUGGGCUUGGGAUGAAAGAAGCAGGGCAGAUGCAAAAUCUGGAGAGCGCGGGGGCCGGACGGUCAGUCAGCACCCAGACUGGCAGCAUGACCGGUGAAAUACCAAGGCUUUCUAAAGUCAACCUUUUCACUCUGCUCAGCCUCUGGAUGGAGCUCUUCCCAGUGGUCGGAACCCAAAGACAAAAAUCUCAGGAAAAAGAGGAGGGAAAGCAUGGAGCCUUAGGAGAUAAUGAAGAGAUGACCAGAGUAUCUUCUGACAAAAAACAGGUGAAGAGAACUGGUCUUGUGGUGGUGAAAAACAUGAAAAUUGUUGGCCUGCACUGUUCUAGUGAAGACUUACACGCUGGGAAAAUUGCUCUGAUAAAACAUGGAUCAAGGCUGAAAAACUGUGAUCUUUAUUUUUCCAGAAAGCCAUGUUCUGCUUGUUUGAAAAUGAUUGUAAAUGCUGGAGUAAACCGAAUUUCAUACUGGCCUGCUGAUCCAGAAAUAAGUUUGCUUACUGAGGCUUCUAGUUCCGAAGAUGCAAAGUUAGAUGCCAAAGCAGUGGAAAGAUUGAAGUCAAACAGCCGGGCUCAUGUGUGUGUGUUACUUCAGCCCCUGGUGUGUUACAUGGUGCAGUUUGUAGAGGAGACCUCUUACAAAUGUGACUUUAUUCAAAAAAUUUCAAGAACAUUGCCGGACACUAACAGUGACUUUUAUUCUGAAUGUAAGCAAGAAAGAAUAAAAGAAUAUGAAAUGAUAUUUUUGGUUUCCAAUGAAGAAAUGCAUAAGCAAAUACUGAUGACUAUAGGUUUGGAGAACCUGUGUGAAAACCCGUACUUCAGCAAUCUAAGGCAAAACAUGAAGGACCUUAUCCUACUUUUGGCCACAGUAGCUUCCAGUGUGCCCAACUUUAAACACUACGGGUUUUAUUGUCGCAAUACCGAACAGAUUAAUGAAGUUCACAAUCAAAGUUUGCCACAAGAAAUUGCAAGGCACUGCAUGAUUCAGGCCAGGUUAUUGGCGUAUCGAACUGAGGAUCAUAAGACAGGAGUUGGAGCAGUCAUCUGGGCAGAAGGAAAGUCUAGAAGUUGUGAUGGGACGGGCGCGAUGUACUUCAUAGGAUGUGGUUAUAACGCUUUUCCUGUUGGAUCCGAGUAUGCUGACUUCCCACACAUGGAUGACAAACAGAAAGACAGAGAAAUAAGGAAAUUCCGAUACAUUGUUCACGCCGAGCAGAAUGCCUUGACAUUUAGGUGUCAAGAAAUAAAAUCAGAAGAAAGAAGUAUGAUUUUUGUGACAAAGUGCCCAUGUGAUGAAUGUGUACCUUUAAUUAAAGGUGCAGGUAUAAAACAGAUCUAUGCAGGGGAUGUAGAUGUUGGAAAAAAGAAGGCAGAUAUCUCUUACAUGAGAUUUGGGGAACUUGAGGGUGUUAGCAAAUUUACAUGGCAACUGAAUCCAUCACGAACUUGUGUUCUUGAGCAAAAUGAGCCUGAAAGUAGAGAGAACGGUGUGCUGGGACCCGUGCCUCUGGAUGAAGACCAGCACCAAAACAAGAAGCUGCGCCUUGCAAACCACUAAGAAGUCCUGUCUAAACUGGAGUGAAGGCCUCAAGACUUUUUAUUGCACUUUUAAAAAUCCAGCCUUGUUAAUGCAGAAAACAAGGGUGGAGUUUGUGAAUAAUUGAAAAAAAUUUUUAAAGGAAGCUAAUUUAUUACUAGCAUAUGAAUGAUAUUAAUGAGAAUAUUUUUAUUUUAGAUGUAUUUGUGUGUUUUCCAGACUGUAGUGGUAUGUUCCUUUAUUACACCGAAUGAGGUGUAUCAGUCAUUGAUAAGACCAGUUUAAUCCACCAUAGGGAUUGAUUUCUCCUUGUCUUAGCUUUACAUUAGCCAUGUUGAAAGGGCUGGCUUACUGGAGUCACAUCUCAGCAGAGAAUUACACACCUUUUCAAAAGUAUUAAUUCCUUUGAAUUAUGGAGGUGAUAAUUAGUUAACUACUCCAGGGAAAUAAAUGGCAACCUGGCCAUUUUUAAGUCAGUGUAUGGCUCACCAAAAGUUGACAUUUAUACUGAAAGAUUUCUAAUAAUCUGAAUUUACUUAAUUAGGAUUGAGUCGCAAAAGUAAAGUUGGUAGACCUGGUCUCCGUUAUAAAAGUAUAUUCCUAAGAAGGCUAUUAAUUUUUCUUCAGUCUUUUGCUAUGUAGAAAUCACAGUCAUUUGUUGGACUGGGGUGUUAUAUCACUGAUUUAAGGUAGCAAUAGGAAGAGAAAAUUAUUCUGAGGCAGUAUUACUAUUUGGUAUCACUGACUCUUGAAGUCACUAACAGUGAACCUCAAAUUUGGUUACAAUGUUAGCAGAAGAAGUAACUUAGUCUGGAAUACUGAAGCUAGACUUUUUUGAAUUUCAUUCACAAAUGCUGCCCAUUAUUCCCUCCAUGGAAUUAACACAGAGUGUCUCAUGGCUGAAUGGGAGGCCUUUUAAAAACAUUCGCAAACCUUAAGAAUACUGAAAGUUUUGAAAGUGAACAUUAUGGUCAAGUCAGUUAUAUUCCAGAUUCUCUUCAUGAGUCCUCUCAUUUUUAUUUGCUGAGAAACUUUCAGGAAAUUAGUGCAAAGAUGAAGCUACCUGUUUCGUACUUUGCUAGGGUUAGGGAGGGAGUUGCAGGGCCCGUGGCCCGCAGGCCUGGGGCGUGCUUCCCUGAGGACUGACGGCCCUGGCCACAUGCAGGUGAUCAGGCUCGCCUCUGCUGUUCCCUGUUCUUUCCAUGGUAUCCCAUGGCAUCACGAGGCCUCCUACCAGUUUCUCAGAAUUGUACACAGGACAGUCCACAUGGUGGCCUUGGACAGCAGCCUGCUUAGGUCCCCCGGUAGUUCAGUCAUCAUACCUGGCAGUUGAGAACUGCCAUAAACUUUUCACCACAAGAUGCAGGGCAUGGAAUAGAGGCUGGGGUGGGGUUGAGGGAGAUGCCUUUACAGAUAACUAAGGCUAAAUUUGAAAACCAGUAGUUAAGCUAUCCUUUAACAUUUAUCAAUAUGAAAAUACUGAGGUUUGCUUAAGUUAUGCUUAAAUUUAUCUUAGAUGUGUUGUUUUUAACUGAUAUAUCAACUACAUCAAAUAUUUUGUAAAUGAAUCAGCAAAUGUUUUAUAAGGCCCAAAAGCCUGGUAUACUACCAGAUUUGCGGAUUUAGGUGUUAGAUGUUGGAGAAUAUCAGAAAGGAGAAACAUACAGAUGAGAAGAACUAUGGUUAGGCAGUGGAAAAUUGGCAUUUUCCUAGCACUAUUGAAGUGGUCAUGAUAAUGCCAUACUUCCUUCUGCACAUCUGGUCAGAUUUCAACAUUUAUUGAGAGUUUACUCUGUGAUAUCAGAAGGAAAUCUCUCUGAGGGCAGAGAUACAUGUAUAUAUAUAUAAAUUUUUUAAACCACUGAAUCCAGUGCCUAUAACAGUGCCUGGCACAUAACUGGCACUCAAUAAAUAUUUGUUGAUUGAUUGCAUGACUGCUGGACACUGGCUAGACCUUGGAAAUGAGAUGUGUGAGAAAUGCUUCCAGAUCUCAAGAAGCUCACGGUCUGGUGGAAGAUACAAGCAUGUAAUCAAGUGAUAGAGAAUGCUUCUCAGUUGGGUCCCUGAACUAGCAGCAUUAGCCUCACCUGGGGACUUGUUAGAAAUGCAAAUUCUCAGCACCACUGCUAGACUCAGGAGGCGGGGCCUGGCAUCCCCCCAGGUGAUUCUGAUGACCCUCAAGGUUGAGAACAACCACCCUGUGGAUGUAACUGCAGGAACAGAGUGGUGGCACAAAAGAGGACAAGCAUACACUGUGGUGAGUCAUGGAAAAAGGGGCUUCCAGAAGUGGAGAUCCCGAAGAGGGUAUGGGACAUUGCCAGGCAAGCAGUGGCGGUGAGAUGAACACCUGACGGAGAGUAAUGGAGAUAGAUGUCACUCUGGGAGUAGGAAAGGGAAGUAUCUGGGGGCCCGCACAGUGGUUGCUGAGCUGCACCAAGAGCCCCCGGGCAGCAGUGUUAGUCAAGUUCUAGUAAUUCACAGUCUAGAGGCUUCAUCCCUUAGCCUGAGAAAUCAGAAUUUGCACUUCAAAAUGCAUCAUCUUUAAUUUCAGAGAUUGGGUGGGAGGAGAGUAGUAAAUUCAUAAUUUGAAAAGAAUUGCUCUGCAUUUGUUUACUGCCACGUGACCACAGAAUGUGCCGACAGGAGGCGGGGUGAGCGUGGGCCUGGCUGGCUCCGCGGCGGUCGGGCAGAGUGCACACGGUCUCUGCGUUGUCCGUUGUAUCGCUGCCAAAGCUUUUGCUUUCAUUCGACUUUUCUGUAGGUUUCUCUUCCUCAGUUACUUAUUGAGUUUGAAAAUAAACUUGCUCUCAUAAAUCUUCCUCAUUUUAUGCAUGAACAGUUCAGCUUUCAGACCUGCCACAACAGUCUGCUUAUGACCCUCUUUAGAGCAAGUGGCAUUUUAAACACCAGUUUUUUAAAGCCCUGAUGUUGCCAACAGUGGCCACUUAGCAUUUGGCUGAGACUGUUACUAUUGCUCUUCAGGGUUAAGCAACGGUUUAGAACCUUCAUUUCAUAUGUAAUGUUCGUGAAGUCUUUUUAUUCAUUCUUCUGCUAUCACUUAAAAUUGUAACAUUUAGACAUAUAGGAAAAGUUGAAAGGCCUAUUAAUCAGUUCCAGUUGAAAAUGAGACCUAUUUAAAAUGAAACACCCUGUGCAAUACUUUAAUUUAGAAGCUCAUCCAUAAAAAUGUAUUUUCUGUAGUCAAUGAACUGCAUUUAAAUAGACUCAGAUUUCAAAGAAACUUAGGUCUCAUCUGUUUAGAAUAUACCUUUUCAGAUCUGGAAACGGGAGAGUCCUGAAGAUGAAUGAUUUCUUGAAGUCAAGUUCAGAUUGUCACAAGGGCCUAAAUCAGUAUCAGGAUUUUUUUCCAUUUUCAGUUUUGCUUUUAAUGUAAGUGCACAUUUGUCCUGUACAUGCUAACAUGUUGGCUGAUUUCUUUUUGUCAGCUGAUUUUAACAUGUAUGUUACAGUAAUAAAUUAAAGGACUUCUGUUAUUGUAAAUUAAGUCUUUUUUUUCUUUGGUAAAAUUAUACCUACACAUUGUCAAUCAGCAAAUAGCUCUAUAAACCUUACUUUGAAACAAUAAAUUCCACCCUGUCCUCUAUAUCGCCCCUCCCCAGAGGCCUCCAGGCUCAACUGUUUUAGCUGGUCAUUUUGUAUUUAUCUCUAGACCAAGUUCCUGUAUUGUUCCUUAAUAGUUUUUAGUUUUAGGUAUUUUCUCUUGCCUUUCCAUUAUGGAAGGGCUUCUGUCUCCUCAGUCUUCUCGCCACACACCUCGAUCUUCCCCAUAUUUUGUUUUUGUGGCUUCAAUAUCCAUUGUUUGGGAUUAUGACUGUAAAUGUUGCUCACAGCUUUGUCACGUUGGGUACUGUGAUUACUUUUCCUUUCCUUAUAAAUCUUAUUUUCCUGAAUUUAAAAUUUGCCCUUUUUGGGGGGUUGGGCUUGGUUUUCUAUUUUAUCACCAACUCCUGGUGGUGUAGCCUUCUAUCAGUACGUUCAAGCACAUUAGGUGUCCUAGAAAGCUCUUCUUAGUGAAGAAAUCCCUUCCAGAGCCUCUGACCACGUCCAGCCUGGACUGAUUGCUCACUGGACCCUCUGUCCUGCUGUCUUCUCCCCCUGCCCCUCAACAGCUCUCCUGGGGAGGGGCAGGGGGCGGUCCUUCACCUUCUGCCUGAAUGGAACCCCUGCUCCCUGGAAACCAUGUCUUUCUCUCAAUUUGAUGGAUCCCUGAGAAAGGGUACGUGGUGGUGGGAUGACUGUCAGACAAGACUGUUGCUGCGGAACAAUGUGGACACCGUGAGCAUCUGCAGUGUCUUUAUUCUGCCCACACAUUCAGUUGAUAGUUGGUUGCGUAUCGAAUUCUAGACAAGGAAUAACAUCCCCUCAGAAUUUUGAAGGCAUUGUUUCACGAGCCUAGUGACACCACUGGGAUGAGUUUCAAAGUUUGGGUUGUCAAUCAGAUUCAUAAGACAGCGAGGGUACCUAGGCAACAGAUACUCUAGAACGGUGUAGAACAAUGCAGAGCCUCCAUAAUGUCGCCAUUGAUUCCUCUGUUCUGUUUGUCGGAUAAGUUUAUGUUUAAAACAAAACAAAGCUCCGUUGUGUUCACUUUAAUGAUUUGGGGGUAGAAAACAGGUAAAUUAAUAUGUUCACUUCAACGUUUUUGUAUUUUGUGUAACGUUUUGGCUUGAAGCAUGAAAUUUCUUUCCCACAGUCAUUUUAAACAUUUUUACUAAUGUGUUUAGUAUAAAUAGCCACCUCUUAAUAUAAUUAGGCAUCUUUUCUUUGGGAGUAAGCCCCAAAGAUAUUGUGUGAGAGGGGACUAUGUUCUUCUGCUAAGGGCUAUUUUUAAGGCUUAAUGGAGAUGAGGAACACCUGAAACAUACAGAUUUAAAAAAAACACCUUUGGGGAUAAAGGGUUAAAUCUUGUUGGACUUAACUCUAGCAUUUGGAUGUCUUUCCAUGUGUUAUUUCUGAUUGUAUGUUUUAAAAGGCUUGAAAAUAGAAACCCUUUACCA